AUGGAGCUACUCCUGACUCCCGCUAGGACAACGUCCUUAUCCUCAGCUACUUUCACUACCACCACUACCGCCAUCACUCUUCUUUCUUCCUCUAACCUUCACCACCACAACUCACACUCCCACUGUCUUGUUCGAUCGCUUUCGGCCUCAACUUCGGACGACGAUAUAUUUCCAUCUUCCGAUACUGCAGUCGUACAUGAAAAGAUACAUUCCUGGUAUUCCCAUCAAACAUCGUCGUCGUCGUCGCCGAGCAUGAUGUCUGCCCCAUUACCUUUGAUUUCCUCCAGCCCUAUGGUUAUCCCUACGAAGGGCUCUUCGAGGUCUAGAGGAAAUCACUACAAAAACAACAAACAUACGGGUGUAGCACCGGCAGUUGCGGCCCUCCUGGCGGUAACGGCUAUUCCUCCCCCAGGCUCAAGGAAACAGAGAGUUGCUCUGCGACAGCAACAACAGCAGCAGCGGCCUUCUCCGAACGUUUUCAUUGAGCCUCCAACGCCUUCCGACGAUAUACCUUUGUCAUUUGAUGAUGCCCUUGGAGAGUCUGUUUUCCUUGGUUUAGAAUCCGUUGCUCUAUCUCGUGAUCCCUCAAGAGAUUCAACUCGAUCUUCAUUAUCUCUGCUCCUUGGUCCCCCGGAUUAUGACGAUGAUACUUCCUGUUCGCUUCAAAAGUCACCAAGCGACAGUCACCUGUCAGUUCGGUCCGAUUCAUCAGAUUCCGUGCCUUCUCUUGAAGAUGACGACCGGUCUACAUUUUCGUGGAGCAGUUUUCAAUCGUUGCCCCUCUCUCGAAAACGUCCCGCCGGUGAUCCCCGGGCUCGAAUCCUGGCAUCGAAUUCUGAGGAGUGUCACUUCGAUCACCCGCUAAUGUUCGAUUCCGACGACGAUACCGCAGAACCUGUGCUUGAACCAGAGUUAGGCUUCUUUUCCGAGGACGCUCUCAAACGGGUGACCCGCCGCCUUAAUUUCAAGUCGAAUCUGACUGCCUCGAUUCGCGUCCUUAAAUCGGCUGCCCGGAGUUUUUCAUCUAUUUCGGUCGCUGCACCCUUUACCCAGCCAGACGAUUACCUUACCCGAAGUAUCCUUUCUAUAUCACCUCAAUUCACAGAUGAGAAGCGACCGGCCCUGAGUCUUGAUACCCCAACACCAGCGCUUCGCCGUUAUCUAAACCCAACAAAUGCUACCCCCGAUUCCCCUUGCACUGGAGCGAUCCAGAUGCAAACCUACUCUUCAUCGCAAAAGCCUAGCAAAGAGACACACAAGGAUGCAUCCGUUGCAAAUUCCCGCGUAUCCAACCCGGCCGCACGACCACGCGAGGUCAGGGAAAACGGUGAUUUUCUCCGCGUUAUUGUUUUGGAGAUGAACAUGCGUCGACGAGGCAAGCUGAGUGAUACUGCGCAUGGGAAGGCCAAAAUCGCCCUCCCGCCACGUCAACCAUACAAGUAUAGGGUAUUAGGAGAUGCCAGACGUUGGGAGGCUUGGACAUGCAGUUACGAUGAAUAA